AGCCGAGCCGAACUGCGAGGUGCCGGGGAGAGGCAGGCAGAGCCUGCCGGCCGCUCUGCACCCUUCGUGCUGCGUUUCCCGGCUUGGUGUCCCCCUUGCCUUUGCUCAGGCACCGGCAAAACUUUUAUUGUCUUGGGGACCCCCCCUGGAUGUGUGACGAAAUCGCAACGCUCCGCUGUCUCAUCCCCAAGCUCGCCUGCAGCGGCGAUCGAGGGAACGUGCAACCCUCGCUGCCGGGCUCUUGCGCCCUGCGCUUCCUCACCUGCCGAUCGCUCCCGGGGACCGCGAGGGGGGAACCCCCCAAAGGGACAGCGCGGGCAUCGGCACCCCGAAAUCCUCUUCACUGUGCGGACCGGCUCGGCGCAACUUUAAGUUGAUUUCUGUCGCCCACCCGGGGCACCCGCGGCGGCCGCCGCUGCCGCCGCCGUCGCUGCGGUCUCACAAAGAGCGCGGGGAGGGAAGGCGGCGCGGGCGGCGGGCACGGGCCUCCGGGCUGCCCAGACAAAAGGGAAACUGCCAUCGUUCUGGACGACUGUUCCCAGCAGCCGUGGGUUCACCCUAUCGGCCCGGGCUGUCUCUCCGCUUUGGUCCCCGCGGGCUGUGCCCGCAGUACUCGGACCCUGCGAGCUGCGGGGCGCGCGUCGCUGCUGCUGGUCCGGGCUCUAGGGAUAAUAAAUGAUAGAGGAUACAAUGACUUUGCUGUCUCUGCUGGGUCGCAUCAUGCGCUACUUCUUACUGAGACCCGAGACGCUUUUCCUGCUGUGCAUCAGCUUGGCUCUGUGGAGUUACUUCUUCCACACGGACGAAGUGAAGACCAUCGUCAAGUCUAGCCGGGACGCGGUGAAGAUGGUGAAGGGCAAGGUGGCCGAGAUUAUGCAGAACGAUCGUCUUGGAGGACUUGAUGUGCUGGAGGCCGAGUUUUCCAAGACCUGGGAAUUCAAGAACCAUAAUGUGGCGGUGUACUCCAUCCAGGGCCGGAGAGACCACAUGGAAGAUCGCUUCGAAGUUCUCACCGAUCUAGCCAACAAGACGCACCCGUCCAUCUUCGGAAUCUUUGAUGGGCACGGCGGUGAGACUGCCGCGGAAUAUGUAAAAUCGCGACUCCCACAGGCUCUUAAGCAGCACCUUCAGGAUUACGAGAAGGACAAAGAAAACAGCGUUCUGACCUACCAGACCAUCCUUGAGCAGCAAAUCCUGUCAAUUGACCGAGAAAUGUUGGAGAAGCUGACAGUCUCCUAUGAUGAAGCAGGCACAACGUGUUUGAUCGCUCUACUCUCAGACAAAGACCUCACCGUGGCCAACGUUGGUGACUCUCGAGGAGUCUUGUGUGACAAAGAUGGCAAUGCCAUUCCCUUGUCUCACGAUCACAAGCCUUACCAGCUGAAGGAAAGGAAGAGGAUAAAGAGAGCUGGUGGCUUCAUCAGCUUUAACGGCUCCUGGAGGGUCCAGGGAAUCCUAGCCAUGUCUCGGUCCCUGGGAGAUUAUCCACUGAAAAAUCUCAACGUGGUCAUCCCAGACCCAGACAUCCUGACCUUUGACCUGGACAAGCUGCAGCCCGAGUUCAUGAUCUUGGCAUCAGAUGGCCUGUGGGAUGCUUUCAGCAACGAAGAGGCGGUCCGGUUCAUCAAGGAGCGCUUGGAUGAGCCGCACUUUGGGGCCAAAAGCAUCGUCCUGCAGUCGUUUUACAGAGGGUGCCCUGACAAUAUUACUGUCAUGGUGGUGAAAUUCAGGAAUAGUAGCAAAACGGAAGAGCAGUGAGCCCUGCGGGAUCUCAGCUGCCCCAGACCAGAGGACUCAACAUACUGUUCUCUUCAUGUAGUAAAAGGUGUGGGAAUUAUAAUUAGGAUCAUGCGUCCCAGCACAGAACCCCCUUCCCUCACGGCCUUGAAUCCCUUUGGAGUGCUGAGCGGAGGGCUCCCUGGCUGACACCACAGAGAAGCUGCUAAGUUUGUGUUCCCCCAGCCCUUCUAUCAGUGUUUGGAAUGCAUAUGUAGGUAGCCACAGGUCCCACAUAUGAGGCAAAAGAAAGACAGGCCAUGCAUUUUUCUUCUAAAUGUACUUUUCAUGAUCUCUUUCGUGGUCCUUCAGGGACCUGACUUGGUGUCCUCUCUGGAGCUAGGCAGGGCAAGCUGGUGGUGCCAACACAUCACCAUGACGGUGUGAUGACUGUGAGUGCCCUCUGCCUUGAAGCAGUUUCCUCAGAAAUGCUUCUGAGCUUUGGCCUUCAGUAAGCCAGCAGCCUAGAAGGAGCCAUGCAACACUUUGUAAUUGGUUGCCUGCUCUUAGAGACAGAGAGUUGGAAAGUGGGUGCAGCUUCCUGCACGCCAGACCUCCCUGCUUCCCCUCGCUUCUUUCAUUAGUUCAAUAGAGUCCGGAUGUAGUAACCAGCCCUUGGGUCUCUCUCCUCAUGGAUCAGAGCCAUUUGCAUCUUACAGUGCAGCAGGGGCAACCGCCCACUGCACCAUGAGACAUGAGUGUUUGUCUCCCCUUACCAAGAACCCACAGAAAGGGAAGGGAGCAGGGUGGAGAGCCAUCACAGUACAGUGUGCCCUUCCAUCUUCAGGGAGGGAGAAGGCUGGGAUGAUUCUCCAUGCCCUCUUGAGAAUCGCUGUCUGCAGUGGAGAGGAAGGCAGGUGUCCUGGGAUCAUCAGCUCACGCUCACCACAGCCCCGCCCAAGCCCAUCCUACCUAGUAGUUUUCAUGUCUUUCGAACAGUGUUGGGACAAAUAGCAGCCUAGAAUCACCCACGAGUGCUGUUCCCAGCUCCCACCACAAGUUGGUAUUUGGUGACAAACUGCUGGGACAUGCUUCCUGGCAAAAGAAAGACCUUUCAGGUUCGAUUGCAAAUCUCUGUCCAUACCCAGGCAGAAAGAACUGUCGGCUGUGACCUGGAGGGAAGACAGCAGACUCGCUCCUGGGGACCUGUGUGCGCUGGAGGGCAGAGCGCCUUGGGAAUUCAAGCAAGAACCCUCAGAGAUAAGCAGCAGAGUUAUUUGGGGGCCUAGAUUACUGCUCUUCCCUUCCUAACACCAAAGUUGUGGGCUGUCCUCCCAGUCUCUGUACUUUGUAAGUUAAUUUAUAGGACAUAUGAGGCUGUCCUUUUUGAACUGAUUGAAGCAGCCCCAAAGAGCCAAGAUUUUCAUUGCAGACUUACACCAGAGCCCGCCUUGUUUCUGUUCUCUCAGAGAGGGUGUUUGCUGGCAUGGCUUCUCAAGCCUUGCUCCUCAGCCUUCCCUACCCCAUUGCCCAGACCUCUGUCCUUCGGCUGCAGAGAUUGCCGGAAGCCCAGUCUGGGGAAUGAAAGACUUGGACUCUGAAGACUUGAUCUCUCCAGGAGCUUGCUCUCCUUUGACUGCAUCAAGAAUUAAUCAUGGCUUCCCAGGAACUUUGCUUACUUUUGUAUCUUGUGUUUUCAACAUUGGAAUUAGGGUCUUUUCUGCUUCUCAGAAUAUUUUAGUACAAAAUACCUUCUAUUAUGUUAGACUGAAGCAUUGGCUUGCGGAGAGACAUGGUUUGAGGGGUGUGUACUAUGGGUCAGGCAGAUGGGGAUCGGAGAAGACAAAUGUAGGGUUGACCAGUGAAGGGAUGUUGGCUUAGGAUGUUCUUACUCAAGAGUGCCCAAAGCCCUUCUUAUAACUAAAGGUCCAGACUCAACAGCCUAUAGAGUCAACUUCUCUUUUUUGUAUUUACGUAACACGAAAGUAUAUUAUAAGAAGAAAAACAAAUUUGAGACACAAAUGUUUGGGUGAAGAAAAAAAGAUGGCUACCAAUGACUCAGUUGGUACUCCUUGAGCAAGCAGGGUUUAUUAACCAGCAUUGCUGGCUACACUAGUUACAAAACCUUCUAAUUGAGGUUUAUAGAUAUAUCUUGUGAAUUUUGCUUUGAAGAAGUCACUUAUUUAACCAUAUAGGGAAAAAAAAAAGAAUAUAUUUCACUCCUUUCUUGCCUCUUCCCCUUCCCAUGGCUUGUAGACUUUUUUAAAGAUAGAAAUUUUAGGCCAAAUGGUAGUAUUUUGAUAAGUAGUUACGAAUAAAACCAGAGUAGUCCUUUACCUUCUCCAUCCCCUCCGGAAUGCCCCCUUCCUGACCUGUGUCCAGCUGUGGGGAGCCUACAGUGAGGUAUGGGGUGGGCAUACUGGCCACGCCCCUUCUCUAGCUGCAAGAGAAUCCAAUUUGAGAGAGUACAUGUAAGGCUUCCAUGAACAGCACUGCCAAAGCUUUGGGACUAUCCCCAAGGCUACCCGGGCUCCCUACCUAGACUGAGUUCGAAUUGCCAAUAGUCCCCACGGUGCCAAACUUGGGAGAGUCUUACAGUGUUUUAGGGAUAAAGGUGAUGCCAGCCCCAGACCCCCAUGAACCUUAGUGCUGCUGCUCCCCUGGCGUCCAUUUGUACUCUUCUGGUGGGAUAGAGUGGGAGGGAAGGGACAGGGGUUUUAAAGAACUCACUGCAUUUACAGUUGUUCAAUCAUAAAAAUAAAUUAUACAGACCUAGAACAAUCCAAAGCUAGCUCUCAAGACUUGUGUUUCUAAAAUGUGAACAGUUUGCCCAAGCCAGUCUGGAUCACUGUCCUACUACGUGGCCAUGUGCACUCAAUCCUGGUGGACAGGCACGCUCUGCCCCUUGCUGUGACCGGAAGGAAGUGGCCUCUUGAAUCUGGUAUAUGUCAAAAACAUGACCAAGAGAAGGUUUGAAUAUAGUUCUUCCACAUAGGCUUGGUAACUUCAGCACAGCUUCUGUCAUGCAGGUGUAGUGAUCUGGAUUUUGCACAGAUGCACAUGCCUGCGAGAGAGUGCCAGCAUUGAUGUUUUAAUCCUCUCAGGAGGCUCCAGGGAACUGGCUGCACUGCUAGCUAGAACUUCUGGAAACGGAUGAAAGAGUCACAAAAGGAGUAGCCUCUUUUCUUUUGCCAGGUGUACUUUGAUUUUCCUGUUUGUUUCUUCUCAUCGUCCUCCUCUUCCUGAUUUCAGAGAUGUUCUUUUCUUCCUUUGACCCAGGAUUACACAGAGCUCCCAGGAAUAGUCACCCAAAAGAGCCUUUGUGUCUUGCACCAGCACUCCUGAUUCAGCUCUGGAAAAGAUGCCAGUCAGAUACUAGGGUGGGGGUGGGGGUGUGAACUGGGAACUGCCUCUGGUUACAUCAUUUUCUUCUAGGACUUUGGGCUAGUUAGGUGUAUCUUGCAGGGAUAGAGGAAUCUAGUGGCCCUCAACACAAGAGAACACAUAUGCUAAAAAUGUUUUCCCAGAUGCAUGGUUUUAUUGUCAGAGAAGUUGGGGAACCAUGCUUCCUGGUGUGAAAUAUAAAUUCCUGACCAAGCUAAAUGUCAUAUAGGAGAGGAGAAAACACAUAUAGAACCCUAAGACAGCGUCUGAGUUUCUUGUUUUCCAGAUUAACUUGAUCACAGACACGUCUGAGUAACCCCUCCUAACAUUUCAAUGGGCUCCUAAUUACUACUUUGGAAUUACUGUUUGUAAGUCAGAGGCACAGAGCUAUCACCUGCGAGGCUGGCUUAUGAUACAGGCAGUGCUAGAAUGUUAUGACUGAAUCUGACCAGCAGUCUCCCAUUGACAGCCAAAGGCCAGCAGGCAGAUUGAAAUGUACUGAAAGGCCUUCCUCCUUUUCUGUAAGAAGCAAGGGCGUGGCCGUGCUGGGCAGUUCUUAGCUGGACAGCCUUCAGUUGUUUCUCUGCAGUUUUCUUUGCUUUCCAAAGUAAACCAAAAUGUUUGUUUUCCCUCAUCAGUCACACACACACACACACACACACACACACACACGGUUAAGUCUGGCAACUAUAAGGCUUGGCCAUAUUUCCCUAGCCAUUAUCCUCUGUCUUGUCAGGUUUUGGGGGGGAGAGGGGCAGCUGUAACAAGUAACCCAAGUCUAUGGGCGAAACACAGACUAGAAUAAAUCUAGGGUACGGUCACUCAUUUAAAACUGCAUCCAAUAUUUUGAGGAAUAUGCCACCUGUAUAAUAAAUACAACUAAAGCUGAAAAAUAGCAUCUGUUAAACUAAGCUGUAGAUUGCAAAAUGGCAAGGACAGUACAGUGGGGUCCAUAGGUACGUUUCUAAAUGCCCCCUAAUACGUCCGCAUUUGCAGAGUCAUAUGAAGGCUACCGCUUUGUCUGUUGUUUAUUGGGUUUACCACUGCUGAGCUGCAUACUGUUGAGCCCGGUGUUAUAAUCAUGCUCUAUGUUUGGUGAUAACUACACAUCACAUGUACAGUCUGAGUUAAGGCCACUGAGACACAUGUGUUCUCUUCAUCUCUACCAAUCAUCAUAGGCAUGUUUGAAUUUCACCCAAGAAGCAAGCAUGGAGCAAAGGAAUCGGUCAUGUUCAGGGGUGUGUUUUCAUUUAUUCUAGAAGUCUUGUAUUGUUUAACCACAGAAUCUUGUAUAUUUGCCACAUCUAAAUACAUUUUGAAAACUUCCAAAGACCAGCAUCCUUCUUCUUUGCACACGCAGAUUAUAUAGCGGUUCUGGUGGCAGCUUGGGGCUAGCAGAUUUUGAGGAAGGGCGGGAAAAUCUACCCAAUCCUCUCAGUGCCUCUGCCCGUGAGGAAGGAUAUCAGCCACACAUUAUUAUGACAUUCCCGACCAUCCAGAUGGUUAAAUAGGAGGCCAUUUAAUUAGCCCAUUCAUAAUUUGAAGUGUGUUCACGCAGAAGCAAAGGGAGAAGCCUUGGUCCAGGACUGGGGUGAUGGUGGGGAAGUGCGGAGAAACUGUAAGUGGCUUAGCUCAUGGGUUUCCAGAUGCCUGUGCAGACGCGGCUUUGGCUGGUAACUUCUGACUCCUGUACGAAGCAUGGUAGAGACAGGAGGUGCUAUGCUUGAAGACAUUUACUGACUCUUGAAAAAGGAAGCCUCGCCGGGCGGUGGUGGCGCACGCCUGUAAUCCCAGCACUCUGGGAGGCAGAGGCAGGCAGAUUUCUGAGUUCGAGGCUAGCCUGGUCUACAGAGUGAGUUCCAGGAUAGCCAGGGCUACACAGAGAAACCCUGUCUCGAAAAAACCAAAAAUAAAAUAAAAUAAAAUAAAA